AUGUAUAAAAUGGAGUAUUCUUACCUAAAUUCCUCUGCCUACGAGUCAUGUAUGGCCGGGAUGGACACAUCGAGCUUGGCAUCAGCCUAUGCGGACUUCAGCUCGUGCAGUCAAGCCAGUGGGUUUCAGUACAAUCCGAUCAGGACCACGUUUGGGGCUACCUCCGGCUGCCCGUCUCUCACGCCGGGUUCUUGCAGUCUGGGGACCCUGCGGGACCACCAAAGCAGCCCAUACGCCGCAGGUAAGCAACCGCCAACUUUGUUCAACACUCCCCGGUCUCUACCCGGGUAUAUAGGACGCCUUGAUUGCAUUUGAAAAUGGAAAUGUGUUUAGUAUUUACCAAACGAAAUUUGCUUACACAAAUGAAAGAAUUUAUCACGUUAGAAGCGAUUGCAGGCAAGCGGUAAUUCAGUUAAGGGGUUACACUAUCCCACACCCAAACCGCCAACAACAUUAUCUUAAGCUGCCAAAAUGAUAGGCAUAAUUUAUUUACUUUGCGAUGAGAUACAAAGCUUCGAAAAUAAUUAGAUAACCAAAGACUAAAGCUAAUUAUUGACACAGAAUUGGAGUUACAGUAGCAAGAACCGGGACGGAUGGCAACAUUACGACAAGUUUCCAAACUUGAACUCCAAUAUCAAACCAAACAUUAGUUUAUCAUUACAGUUAACCACAUUACAGUACAUCACUGGUCUCAUUUUAACACUAAUCCACAAGUAAUCUAACAUAUUAUAGAAUAUAAUAACAACGUAACUCGAUUUUCAACAGAAUCAUUCUUAAUUCAGAUAGAUUUUUAUCUGACAACAUUGUAAUUACAUGUUAUCAUAUGUUACCAUUACUCUACAGCUAUUGCCAUUGCAAAUACGUUUAACGUAGACAUUUCAUUCCUGCAGUUCCUUACAAACUCUUUACGGAUCAUGGCGGACUGAACGAGAAAAGAAAGCAGAGGCGCAUUCGGACCACUUUUACCAGCGCACAGCUCAAGGAGCUCGAGAGGGUUUUUGCUGAGACCCACUACCCGGAUAUCUACACACGAGAAGAGCUGGCGCUCAAAAUCGAUUUGACUGAAGCCAGAGUGCAGGUAGGCUAUGCUAUCCGGCGCUAUCUUCACCUUGUCAAAGUGCACCGUCUUUUCCGAACUCAAGUCAUUCCGCACAUUAAGCACAAGGAUCCCUACUAUUCUUGUGGGGUUUUAAAACAUUUAUUUGGUUUAAAAAUACUUUCGCCAACAUUAGGCCCAUACAGAACUCAUAGGCUUACACUGUUGUUUGAUUAUGUGUGAAUAAUUACACAUAUAAGGGUUGUUUUCCGACGGUCAAUAUGCGGAUAGAGUAUCAUAUUGCAUUGUCUAAUAGUGACAACAUGACAAUGGUUUCAGUCAUUUACACAUACAGUAGGACUAUUUAAUCUAAUGGAAAUUAAAACAUCGCUCACUAUCAGUUGUCUAAAUCUUUUGGACCCGUUUUUCGUUUUCUAGGUGUGGUUCCAAAACCGACGCGCCAAAUUCCGCAAGCAAGAGCGCGCGGCGGCUGCUGCCGCUGCUGCUGCCAAGAACGGCUCCGGGAAGAAGUCGGACUCUAGGGAAGAAGACAGUAAAGAGGCCAAAUCUACCGACCCUGACAGCACGGGAGGACCGGGGUCCAACCCCGUCCCAACCUCUAACUGCGGCGGGCCCAGUCCAACCGGUGGCCAGGUCAACGUUUCCAGCGGAAACGGACAAGUAGACCAAGUGAAGACGUCGGUGGCUCCCGGCAUGUGUGGAAACACACCGAGUCAAGGCUGGGCUUCUGCCCCGGGUACCAUCACCUCUAUCCCGGACUCAUUGGGUGGACCGUUCGCCAGCGUACUGUCCUCUUUGCAAAGACAGAACGGAGCCAAAGCUACAUUAGUAAAGACCAGCAUGUUCUAA